GUUCAUUUAGACAUUUACACUAAAACACACCAAAUUUUUCGUUGGGGGAACAAUACUAAAAUGGCUGCCGCCCAAAGCUGUGAAAAUGGUCCUCAGUCUUCGUCAGUGGGGGGCGAAAACAGGAAUGUCUAUACCAAAGGCCUCUUAUUGGAGACGGUACAAAGAUCGAAUAUGUUUCCCGAUUGCAAAACCUUUGUGGAUAUGCCAAUGCGUUAUCCACCUGAACGUAUUCUUGGAGAUUUUGAACUGUUCAGCAAUUGCCGCCGUAAUGAUGGCUCAUUAUAUUUUCUGCAAAUGUUUGUCGAAAAACAUUUUGAUCCUAAAGGAUCUGAGCUAGAGAAAUUCACACCCACCGAUUGGAAAUCGGAACCACUGUAUGCUGAUAAAAUUUGCGAUAUUGAGAUGAAACAAUUUGGUUAUAAAUUAAACGAACUAUGGAAAGAGUUAUGUUAUCGACUUAAAGAUGAUGUCCAACGUAAUCCUGAUAUGUAUUCCUCGAUCUAUGUGCCCAAUCCGUUUAUAGUUCCUGGAGGAAGAUACACAGAGUUCUACUACUGGGAUUCAUAUUGGAUAUUACUUGGACUCCUUGCUAGUGGAAUGCAUCAAACGGCCAAGGGAAUGAUUGAUAAUUUUCUUUAUCUAAUUAAACAAUAUGGCUUUAUACCAAGUGGAGGAAGGAUCUAUUAUUAUGGACGUUCUCACCCACCGCUGUUGAUUUACAUGAUGAAGGCCUAUGUUGAUGUAACAAAAGAUGAAGAAUAUGCCAUCAAAUCUUUGCCUCUGCUCGAAACUGAAUUUAAUAACUUCCGAGAGAGACAUAAAGUGGAAGUUCAGGGUUUUACCAUGUAUCACUAUCAGGAUUUCUCAACGGGUCCUCGUCCAGAAUCGUUUCGCGAAGAUAUUGCCCAUUCUGACGGCCUUUGCAAUGAGUCGUUAAAGGAAGAAUAUUUCUCGGAAAUAAAAUCAGCAUGUGAAUCGGGAAUGGAUUGCAGUUCCAGAUGGUUCAUUAAUGAAGAAGGAACUAAUCAGGGUACUUUAACAGAUACCAAAACUCGUUGCAUAGUUCCGGUCGAUUUGAAUUCCAUUCUGUUUCGCAGUGGCAAAAUGUUAUCUGCAUUUUAUAGCAAAGCAGGAAAUACCGCAAAGGCUGAAGAGUAUCAGGAUAUAGCUUGCGAUUUGGCCAAGGCCAUUCGAGAUGUUUUGUGGAAUGAGGAAUGUGGCAUUUGGUUGGACUACGAUCUGGCGAACCAAAAGCCAAGACCAUAUUUUAGUGUCUCUAACUUUUUUCCCCUUUGGACCAGAGCUUUUCCCAUAGUGGAUAGAGAGAAAAUAGCCAGCUCUGUAAUGGCUUACAUUAAAAGCAAUCAGUUAGAUGAGUUUCUUGGUGGAGUACCAAAUACUUUGGUCAAUACGGGUCUUUCAUGGGAUUAUCCUAAUGUUUCGCCUUGUAUGAUGUUUGUCUUGAUUGAGGGACUGGAGAAUUUGUGUACUCCCGAGGCUACGGCCUUGUCCCAGCGUUGGGGCCAUCGUUGGAUCAAGUCAAACUAUGAAGCUUAUAGAAAAGAUGGUCAUAUGUUUGAAAAGUAUAAUUGCGAAAACUUUGGAUUAAAGGCGGCAUGCCCUAAAGUUGAGACUCAAACUGGCUUCGGUUGGACUAAUGGAGUUGUCAUAUAUUUCCUCUCGAAAUACGGUAAUGAAUUGUGUUUGACAGACACCAGCGAUGGAUCUAAACCAAAAGUCAGUGCACCAGUGAAGAAAAAAAAUCUUAUUAUUACCAGCGAAGAUCAUAUGCAGCUACAGGCCAAAGAUUCUUGUGAUUGUGAAGAUAACGAAAAAGCUGCUCUAUCGAGUCCUGCAUCAAAAGGAGCGGACAGUUCCGCUUUUUAUACUCCAAAUUCGGAUGACUGUCUGCAAUGUCCGAGUGAGAAAUCACAAAGACCCAGUGUCGUUCGUUUUCCGCCUAGUGGCAGUCAAGAACAAGAAUGUACAAAUAAGGAUAUUGCUAUUGGUCAAAUUCCAUGCCCAGCAGCCAUGUCAAAGCAAUCCAGCGCAACUGCAAGAUCCGCUCAAAUUUGUCAAUUUUGUGGCAGAAUGGUGCGCCCGGAAAAUAUUGAUCAGCAGCAGACCGGAUGUUAUCCAGAAGAUGAAUCACCAAUGCAGCAACAACAGUCGAUUUGUCCUUGUCAAAGUGAAGCGGCUGCUACUGAACAACAGGAUAAGUCAACUUCGCCAUAUCACGAGGAUCAGCCACAACGACAACAGCAGUACCCAUUGCGACAAGACAAAUCCACUUGCGUUAGUUCACACCAAGAUCAAGCAAAGAUGCAGCAAAUGGCGUCCAAGUGCGCAAAUAAAGUCACCGGACCAUGUGUGCCAUGUAAUGGCUCUGCAACGGAUAGUACCCAACCCGAGCAAACAUUUGUGAGCAAACAAUUUCCACUGGCUGAUCCAAAGAGCAUGGGAUUUGGUCUGUGCUCGGAUCAGGAUGCGUUACCAAGCCAGUCUAAGCCCCAAGAAAAGGAAUCCCUCUGAGACAGAUCUAAGCAAAUUUAAAUUGCGUCCAACCCACAUUGAGAGCAGAACAAUUCACAUUUAAAUAAAGUUAAAAUAACGGCAGCCAAAAAAAAAUGAAA